AUGCAAUCUGAGCGCCAUUCCAAUGCCAAAGCAGACCAAAAUGGUAACUUCUACCCACUAGAUCCAGUCGCCGAGACGCCUCUUCUGUUCUAUUCCCAGACGGCGGCUCUUGUGCCAACGUAUGUGUUGGAUAGACUAGCGCAGGCCCACCACAGGGAACAGAAUAAUGCCAAUGUCAACGUGGGCCAGGCGGAUUUCUCCCAGUCGUUAAGAGCGCAACAUCAGACCCGCUGGGACGACGAAGAACAGUACCAGCUGUUUGCCAACGACCCUUUCGUCCGCUCUAUAGGCGGCAACUGGAGCAAUUUCAUCAAGACCGUCAAGAUGCCCGAGGUGUAUCCGCCAGAUAGAAUGGAUGAAGUUUCGACGCUCGCUGAGCGGGCCGACUUUGACGAGCCAUGGGGCGGAGACGAGAGACUUCGGCUCGCUCUCAUGGGCGCCUCGUCUAAUGACUCUAUCGCCGACAUAGAUAGCUCGCCAGGGUUCUGGUCGAAGAUGUUCAAGAAGAAACCGCAAAAGCCGGAUGAAAAAGUUCGUCACAGGUCCCAAGCUGGCUACUGGAUGCUGGACGAGAAGCGUGCUGUUCUUUUACCCACGUUGAAGAGGAUUUUCAUCACCAAUCCAUUGGUACCUCUUCUAUUGCGUAUCCUUAUCCUCAUGUUCUGCAAGUAUGAUGACUUUGAAAUUCCACAACAAGCCAGUACUAUCAUGGCCAUUGUGGUGAACUGCUUUGCAGUGGUUUAUGUUGUCUAUAUUGCGUACGACGAGUACUCUGGUAAGCCAAUGGGGUUGAGAAACCCGCUGGGGAAGAUGAAGCUCAUUAUGUUAGACUUGUUUUUCAUUAUAUUCUCCUCGGCAAACCUUUCAUUGGCUUUCAACUCCUUAGCCGACCAGGAAUGGGUUUGUCAUGACGUGAACUCUGAUGUUCUCAAGAGCUUGGGGAUCUUUUACCCACCAGUAUCGUCUCUUUGCAGGCGACAAAAAGCGUUAACAUCGUUUUUGUUUUUGGCGCUAUGUCUAUGGGUUCUUACGUUCACGAUAUCUAUUAUACGAGUGGUAGAUAGGGUGACCGUCAGUGAUUCAAGGACAGAGUAG